GAUAGCCCUGCAGGCUGCACCAUGAACCAUCAACCGGAGAACCAAAACAAAAUCUAAAAAUUUGUUUCAUUGACAUUAUUGUCCGAAAACAGUACAUAGUUUUUAAAGCAAUUUUCCCACUAGCACAACUGUUUUUAGUACCCAGAGAACUUGCCUGGAGACGAAAUUCUAAUUGCAAGCCUACAAUCCAUAACAGAGAACAAACCAUACCCAAAAAAUGCGAAAUUUUAGUAAAAUUUCGUUUAUAUUAGUCUUAUAUGCGACUUUGGCUUUUAGCCAAGAGGCCACAAAUCAACUCAACCAAUAUGCCGAGGCUGUGCAAAAGUCCACUCAUACCAAUAAUUGGGCUGUACUGGUAGAUGCUUCUCGUUUCUGGUUCAAUUAUCGUCAUGUGGCUAAUGUCCUAUCGAUUUACCGCUCAGUUAAGCGUUUGGGCAUACCCGAUUCUCAGAUAAUCCUUAUGAUUGCCGAUGAUAUGGCUUGCAAUCCUCGAAAUCCACGUCCCGGACAAGUGUAUAACAAUGCCAAUCAGCAUAUUAAUGUAUAUGGUGAUGAUGUGGAGGUAGAUUAUCGUGGUUAUGAGGUGACAGUUGAGAACUUUGUGCGUCUUUUGACGGGACGUACACAAAAUGGCACUGCUCGCUCUAAGAAACUUCUUACGGAUGCCGGCAGCAAUGUUUUGAUUUACUUGACCGGCCAUGGGGGUGAUGGUUUUCUAAAAUUCCAAGAUUCUGAAGAGAUUACCAGUCAAGAGUUGGCCGAUGCUGUGGAACAAAUGUGGGAGAAGAAAAGAUACAAUGAACUCUUCUUGAUGGUGGAUACAUGUCAGGCAGCCUCUUUAUAUGAAAAAUUCACCUCGCCGAAUGUUUUAGCUGUAGCCAGCAGCUUGGUGGGUGAAGAUUCUUUAUCGCAUCAUGUUGACUCCUCCAUUGGUGUUUACAUGAUUGAUCGUUACACUUAUUAUGCCCUGGAGUUUUUGGAGAAAGUACAACCAAAUACCGACAAAACUAUGGGAGAAUUUUUAAAAGUCUGUCCCAAGCGUUUAUGCAUUUCGACAGUGGGUGUGCGCAAAGAUUUGUACAAACGUGACCCACAUAAAGUUCCUAUAACAGACUUUUUCGGUUCCAUUCGUCCCACGGAGAUUACAACAGGGAGAGUUAAUGUUACAAUGGCAGAGGAAGAAGAUUUCAUUGAAGCCUUUCUUCAACAGCAGGAAACAAAUUCCCAACAUUCCACUUUUAAUGUACAAUUCGAGCCGCAAUUUCCCAAAGAUUUAUUUAAAUAGUAGUCCCCUAAGGUCUUGCAGACUAUACCACUUGUAUUAGCAUUUAAAACGGCAUAAACAUUGGAACACCUUUCAUAACCAACGUCCCAUGAGGGUGUAG